CCGACUCCAAUACUUAAACAUGACCUGUUAGAAGUAUGCCUCUCGUUCAUGUUAGAGUUCAAAACACCCAUUGAAUUCGAAGUUUGUCGACCUCCACUUACCCCACUGUGAUUUGUAACUUCGAAUAUUUCCUUAAGUUGCUAUAUCCGUCCAACGUGAGGGAGAAAAGUCUUGAUAUGCAGGCCGCUCCUUUUUCCCCUGUAACAGACAUAAAAAUUGUCUCUCAGAAGGAACGCUAUCCACCCGGUUACUUCAUGGUAAGAUAACUUUUAAAAGGAAUACACUGUCUUUGUAUCAAACUUUAUGAUAUGAACCUUUGAGGCGAGCCAGAAAAGCUGUCUGGUAAUCAUAUCUACGUUUUCAAGUAUUUCGAUUUUUGUCUUGGUAAAUAUUAAUGAAUUAGUUAUGAAUUUUAUUCUAAAAUAUAUAUUUUGAAUUUUUUAUCUCAACUUUGUUUUGGUUCUCAUGAGAGUACAAUCAUUUCCAACUAAUGUAAUUUUCUAGCAUGGUACAAAGACAGGUGAUAGUCCUUGCAGUCUUUAUGGCACAAAAUUGUGUUGUGAUUGCUGUACCUGAUAUUGAAAGCAAGUCCACAAGCUGCAUGAUUAGUUUCUAAGAGAAGGUUUCCAGUUACAAGCCCUAUCUACAAAGGAGAAUCACUCUAACGAACUCAUAAGAAUUUUGAUUUUGUUUUAGAAAUUUCUCAUCAUCAAACCUGUUUACUAAAACUUGUAUUUUGCAUACAACUUAAAUAAUGUUGAUCACACUCCUCAAAAUGUCAAGAUUGCAUUUAGAACAGUACAAUUUCUCUGUUUACCAAACUAGGGCCCGUUUUUUCAAAAUUCCUGGUAACUUUCCAGAGGAUAGAAUUAGCCACCCAUUCAAUAGUCAGGGCUCGACCAUAAAAUCCGCAUUUCUUAGGCUUCAUUCAUAACUGGCAAUUUAAACUUUUUAUCUCCAUGUCCCACACUUUUUUUUUAAAUAGUGGUAGCUUCAAUUCAUGUUAAUCUUGUUUAUUAAAAUUAAUUAGAGUGAGAUUAUUUUAUUAAACUAUUGCUGUAUAUAACUGUUUGCAAAUAUUACAAUGUGGUUACUUUUAUGCUUCCACUCAUUUUCUUUCGUAUAAUUUUACUUCUUCACUCAAUAAGCUUACAAAGACUGUUCAAGGUAACGAUGGGCAGUUAUUUGACAGCACAUGGAGACAUAAAGGGAAACGUUAUCUUUGCUUUGCAAGACAGGUAACCAGCUUAUGAAGAAAGAAAGUAAACUUACCCUAUACAAAGUUUAUCAAAAUUUGUGAUGGUUAAAAAUUUAAACAGUAGUCUUUCUCUUAGAUGGUUGAGUCAGCUUUAAAACAUAGCAUAUGAUAGCCAAUGCAUAUAAAUAAUGGUAAUUGAACUGAGUGGAGUGCAGUUUGGACUGAAAUCAUACAGGUGAUUUCAAAAUCAAACAAGCCUGCAGUGCGAGUUCGAUUUGAAAUCACAAGUAUGAUUUCAGACCAAAAUUGCACAACACAAGGUUUAAUUACCACAAUAACAUCCAUUUUGAAAUCACCCAAAUACAGGACUUGGUCAGUUCAAAUAUUUUAUUGAUGCAGUACUGAGCUGGUUUGAAAUUAAAUUCAUCCAUUUUUUGGGGGAAAAAUAUGAGUUUGGAAAACAAAAGUUGCCACAUGAUACUCUUUGUCUUUCAUUUUCCUGCAAUUUGAUUGGUUACUUUAAACAAGCCUUGAAAUCUGAUUGGUUGUUUUGUUUUUAGUGUGGCCUGCUCAUUGGCUGGGAAAAAGAUGUGACUUAAAGCAAAAAAUGUUGCAAUUCAUGAAUAAAUUGCACCAGCUGGAGCCAAUCAGAUUACAGGGACCACCAGUGAUUUCAAAAUGGGUGUAAUAAAGAAAGAAAUUGUGCAGAAUUUCUUGAGGUUUAUCACACAACAGGCUGCAUCAGAUUGAAUUGUGUUUCAAAUUUUGCAAUGAAAUCAUCAAAACUAUGUAUAAUAACCAAGUAUACCAGGCUUGGGAAAUCUCUUUCAUUAAUCAAAUGUAAAAAUAAUUUUAUACUGACUACAUGUAUAAUCAAUUUUUCUUAGGGAGGACAGAAUGUGAUUGAAGACUUAACAGUUAUUGGUGAGGAUGAUCGUGUGCCAGCAGGAUUUACAGCACUCACAAAAGCUCAUGAUGAUGGUAUGUGCAGCCAUUGAUCUUUGGCAAAUUUCUGAAGUACUUUAUUAUUCUACUUCAAGGCAAGGUUGUUCUUUAACAUGGUUAUCUAGGCAUAAGACAUGAGAAACAGUACUCUCCAACACAUUUGUUGGGACGCCCUUUGCCUAUCCCGCCUCUCUCGAUGUUGAUCCACAAGAUGGCAUAGAAACAUCGGCAAUAGGCCAUUUUCAGUACAGUUUUGUACUUAGUUGCCAAGCCUUUGAUUUGGAGUGAGACCUAAGAUGACCUUGUCAUGAAAGAGACCAAUAUCUAUUUAGAAUGAUAACAAAGUAAUUUACAUCUGAAAAGCAGCAAAGUUUAUAUCAUAACAAGGUCAUCCUUAGCUUUACCCCUCUUCAAAGGCUUGGCACCCAGCCACACAACUGUAAAAUGGACUAUUAACAACAUUGGAAGGAGGAGAGGGGCAUAGGAAUUAUCAUAGACGUUGUUCUGAAGAUGUGUGUCUGAACUAAUUGUGUCUAGGAGUGAAGCUCUGAUUUUUUUUCCUACACAUGCACUGGUUUUGUGUUCCUUAAGGACUUUUCCUUCUUUGCUGUGUUUUUGCAAUUAUUGUACAGUUCAAUGAACAGUUUAACUGCAAUAGAUAGCAGCGACAGCUUGAGUUUCUACAUAUCGGUAUUUAUUUUAUUAUUGCACUGUAUUUUAAAUUACAAGAUUUUAAUAAGCAGCAAAUAUGUGGCUUUAAGUGGCAAAAAAUUUGAUUGUUAAAUAGUAUGACUGUGCUGCUUAUAAUUAAUGUCCGCUGUAUAUCAAUCCUUAACCCUUUAACUCCCAAGAUCCUAAUGUUAAUUCUCCCCUGAAGCUGCUACACAUGUCCUUGCAAAUCAGGUACAAGAAUUUGUUGUUUGAUGACUUUUACCUGAUAAGUUUGAAUAUUCUCAUUACCUGGUUGCUGGAUAUAUGUAUAGAUAUUUUAGGGAGAAGUUUCAUGUUAAUCACUUCUGGGAGUUAAAGGGUUGACCCUUUAACUCCCAGACAGCAUUAACUCUGACCAAGACAGAAUUUCUCCUUUCAAAAUCAAUACAAUAUCAAGAAGAGAUGUGAUAAGAAUAAAGAGAAAUAUCAGUUGGGCAAUUGUUAAUUGAUCCAAUACCAAAUUCUCCAGACUAACAUCAUAAGAACUGUAUGGCAGACAGUAAGGAGUAUUACUUAAUAUGAGAUCUGGGAGUGAAAGGGUUAAAGAUCGCAAGUCAGUCUCUGCUUUUGUGAUUGCCAAAAGUAAUGAAUUAAAUACUUUUUAUGUACUUGUAUGAGUCUUUCUCAACACUUCCCUAUAUCUACACAAUAUUAUGUGGACAAGGGAUGAGAAUAAAGAAAAAUAUCGAUUAUGAGAUUACUAAUUGAUCCGAUAUUGAAUUCUCUAAACUAACAUAAAGAGAAUCAUUUGGCAGACAUUAAGGAGAAGUACUAAUGAGAUCUUGGGAGUUAAAAGGUUAAUAUCUUAAAGAUCUUUGUAUAUUAUACAGUCAUGUAACUUCUCUCUUUCUUCCAGAUGACAAAGCUCUGCGGAAACAUUUUCUCUGUUUCAAAAUCAAGGCAAGCCAGACAGCUGUCAGUGCAGUCUUUGAUAUUGUGUUAAUUAACAGAAACAAAGGAGAAACAGCCCCUCCUGGAUACAAAUUAAUUACGUAAGUAUCUCUACAUCAGUGCCUUGCUUUUCCAGGACUUAAAUAUGGAGAAUGUGCCUGCUGAGUUGAGGUUGUAAAGAUUUAAAGUGUAAUUUCAGGGAGUUGUUAUGAAUGGAUACACCUAGUGACAGUAGAGCUGCUGAGUAGAGCUGCUGUGUUAUAUACUGUACAGCUAUUUGCAUUAAGGUUGUCAGAAACAGGGGGAGUGUAUGCAACAUCCCCAAAAGUAUUGUGGGUAGUUCUCAGGUCUGAUGAAUUCAUUUUGUUCCCAAGACUGAUUUUAAAUUCUAAACUUGAUGAAAAAUGAAAAAAGAACAGAGUUACCCCAAUAAAUGACAGAAAUGAUGUAAACUUAAUAUGAGCAAAUUCAAAGUGACCUAACAAAAAAUUGUUUACAACAUAAUAUUCUAUGAUUUUGUUCCUCUUGUAUCCAAGUGCAUAUGGGUGUUUAUCCUCUAUUUAUCAGUCCUUUUGUCCAUAUUUACUUGUUUCACUUAUUAAAAUUCAUUAAUUAACCUUUGAAAUUGUCAUGUGCUCUUUUUCCUUUUUUCUUACAACCUUUCUGCAAACAGCUGCAUGGCAGAAUCCUGAUUGAUGGAACCUUAAUUGCUCAAAGUUCCAACUAAACCUGGCAUCUGUUGCUCCGUCCAACACUGUCAAAUUUUUCACCCAGCGAUAUUCUGAAUCCUCCAGUUAAUCAAGCUAGUUUCCAAUAACAUGGUGGCAAAACUGGCCAAUAAGUGUCCAUACACCAGAAUUUCAACCCUAACCCUUUAAACCCUUGAGAGUGACUAAUAUCUAAUUUCUCCCUACAAUAUCACACCAGACUCACUCAUUAGGGUCACAAGAAUGAGGGAAAUGAAUUCAGCAACUUAAGAAGCUCUUGAUUUUUAAACAAAUUCUUCUUGUCAGCACCCUAGGUAAUGUGUAGAGAGAACAUGCAUGAUGUUAUCAGAGCAAAAGGGUUAAUGACCAACAAUUCCUCUAUUGACUGAUGUAUGCUCUGGGUGCUGAGGUACCUUUGACUUUGACCAAUAUCAGUCAUUUUUAGGACUAUUCUAUACCUCUGAUGAUCCAGUUUCAUGGUCAAGUGUUGUUGAGGAAUGUAUAUGUGUGUUUUUUUUCCAGGAAUGAGGUAAACAACUUGUCAGUUUGUUUCAAAGCAGCUCCAAUGAUGAGAGAACCACCAGGACCACCUUCAGCUCAUCAGAAUCCAUAUAGUGUACCUCCUCAAAAUCAGUGGUUAGUUUCCUUUACAUAAAAGCUAAAAUGAAAUUAAAAAAUAUUAAACAGUUGGUAUCCAUAAUUUAACAUCAAAAUUAGUUGGUGAAUAUCAUAUGCAACCAGCUGAGCUUUUGUGCAAAAACAAGCUAUGUUUGACCUAAUAAAAGCAGUUAUUCAUUUAACCCAUUAAAUGACCAGCGCCUAAUUUCUCCUUACAGUAAAACUGCUGAAUCAUUCAUUAAAAUCAUGAGAAUAUAGGAAAUGAUCGCCAACCUAAGAUGCUUUGAUUGUUAAACAAAUUCUCCUUUUUUCCAUCAAAGGAAAUGUAUAGAGAAGAGUAAAGAGAAUAUGGAUACUGAUCUCAGGGUGUAAAGGGUUAGCUUAGGCUCAGAUCAUACAAGCCAUCUAGCAAACACAAGAAGUAAUGUGCCUGAAAAAGUAUCAAUGGCACAUGCCAGUAAUGAUUGGACUAUUAUGUUUAGGAAUAUGGAUGUUGUAUGCUUUCUAAAAAAAUCUAUUUUUGAAACUUACAACUAAUACCAGGGGCAGAUCUUGGGGAAGGGUAGAGAGGGUGCACAACCCCACCCCUUUGAGAUGAUCUCCAGCCUUCUAAUGUAACUUCAUGGUUAUGCAAAAUCUACUGUACUGUUUGCUAUGUAUUCUUAGUAAUUCACAUUAUGUUACUGCCCUUCUUCUUUGUUCACUUUAAAAUGUUUCUUAUUGUAUCAUGUGUCAGUUACUUCAUUCCUUUGUGGUGCACCACUCCUAAGAACACCCUGGAUCCACCUUGGCAUACACAAAAAUAUCCAUUAGCUAAGCACAAAGAAAAUAAACUCAUUCUGUGCCAGACGUUUACAGUGUCUUUACCUUUCCAUAGGUAUGGUCAGGCUCCAGUCCCAAGUCCCCAGCAGCACCAGCUAGGUUAUCAAGCGCUUCCUGCAGUGUCAGCUAAACCUGGAGCAAGUUCCGGUGAGUAUAACCUUGUCUGUAGCAACCAAUGUGAUAGGAUACUUGGAGAAGAGGAAAAUUUUACAACAGAAUAAAACCUUAAACUUCGGUUUCUUGUGGUAGAAGAACGCUAGAAGGGAAUGGAUGAAGUGAAGGGAAAGAGCACAAUGGAAAGGAAAUUAUUGCGGCUGAUUUGUAUUGACUUCCUCACCAUAAGUAACCAUGAUCUUUGAAUGAACCACCUAGAGAUGAAAUGAAUAUUAAACAACUUCCAUCUCUGGAAACUUGCUUCUUAAUUAAGAGAGCUCACUUAUACAAACUACAGGUGUGAAUACAUAGAUGUUCAUGUACACUUACCUGCACCAGAAAAUGAACACUUUCUAAGCAGCAUGAUCUGCGAGCUCAGUGGUGUUCUGUCGCAAUAUUUAUGACAAUUGUUCUUUCUUAUGUAACACUUUGCUCUUUGUUUUCUUCGCUGAGGUCUUUGAAUUAUGUCAGCGCUCAUCUUUAUUAUCGCCCAAACAUGGGUAAAGACACAGUGCAUUUGUUUGCCAGUGAUACUCAGUUUUUUUUUCUUAUUCUUGAUAGCAAUUGAAGGCCUUCCGUUUGAGGUCAAUUCCAAGUUUGAGAUGCUGUGGAAAAAGUCAGGGGUAGGUUAAAGUCGUCUACCACAGCGGUGCUCAUAAUGUAGGACAUGCGCAAAGGAACCAAUUUUGGCCGGCAGUGCGUUAAUGUGCUGCUUAAAAUUUCAAAGGAAAACUUAAGAAACGACCGCUGACACACAAGAUAUGUGAAAAAAGAAAUGUUAAUUCGUUCAUAAGACUCUGUGAAAGCAAACGAAAAAAAAAAAAAAAAGGAAAAUGGAUUAUUUUCGAACACAAAGUUUGUUUACGUAUGGAUUUCUUUCUGGUUACCAUUGUGUUUUGAGCUUUUUGGAAAAAGUCAAACGAUUUUCAAACACCGCGACUUACUCGCUCGUGCAGUUGUUUAUAACUCUCUUGUAAGACAACUUGAUUCUAACAUCCUGAAAGCACGCCGCCUAGUCACCACAGCGUUUGUACAUUCGCCUACGUCUGACGGCUGUGCUAAGUAGACCUUACAGCUGUAAGCGUUGCAGUGUGAUCUUAAUGAACAACAUAGAAUCGUUUUUGCUCGAAUGUAGGUUUGCGUCGACUUGUCUUAAAUUCGAAUAUUCUUGCAUGAGCGAAAACGCAAGGAUUUAAAGUUAGAAAUAGGAAUGAGAAAAUGAACGGGGUGGUUCAGUGGUUGGGCGUCUUUAUUUUGAGAAAAUUAUGAUAUUAAGGGGUGAAGAUCAUUUGUUAUCCAAUAUUUAACAGAGAACAGAGAAGAUAUUCAACAUGCUCUCUUUAACGAAGGUGUUAUAUCUUUUCUUCAGCCUGUGAUUCCAGCUAUGCAAAGCUUAUCUGUCAGUGACAUAGACGUAAAGGUAAGUGGUACUUUCCGUUGAAGCCGGCUCCAAACCUGCGGGCUUGCAGCGGUAAUGAGAGACUGCUCCCAGGCUUACAAGGCUCGAUUGCAGUCUUUUUUAUUGUUCCCAUGAAGCUUAGAUUCCUCGAGAAUGCCUCUUGAGGGAUCAACUUCGGAACCAGCUUAUUACGGGAACUAAGAAUUUCAGCUCGGUCUUCUUAUGCCAAGUUAUAAAUCGGGAUAUAUUUGUUAGUUCAUCCUAUUAGCCAUUAGGCAAUGUCUUGAAAUUUUCUAAAUUUGCAUGGCCUAGGCUGGUUAAAAGUGACAUGUAUUUUGGUCGAAAUUUCGUUUCGCGUUUGUUUUUUCUCUUCCAGUAUAACUAUGACUUCAGCAAAGAGCAAGCUGUUACAUCAAGAUGAGAGAAACAAGCUGUCUGAGUCAGUCAGAUGAAUGGUUCGUCUUGCUGUGUCAUGCAGCCAAUUCCAAUCUCUCAAAGCAUAGUUACAACUCCGGCGGCAGCAAUCACAAAUUAUAUGCGACUGACCAUUACAGCUUUGGAAGAGAACUUAAGAUACAAAAACAUUCCGAGUUAUGUCUCCCUAAGUUUUCUAAAUGAACUGUCCAAUAUAAUUUACUCUGUCAACUUCACUCUGCUGCCAUUCUCUUCUUCAUUUUUCCACAUUAUUUUGCUCCAGGCAGUUUUUCUUGUCAAAUUCCCUCGUCCAUGUUAUGUAUUGAGCCGAGAGACUUGUUACGUCCGGAAAACCUUUCCACAAAACUGAGAUACGUAAAGGCAGUGCUUGAAGGACGCUUUUGGUGUCCAUUGAACUGUGGAACAAAAUGAAUGAAACUGGAAUAAACUAAGACAUGAAAAAGUAAACCCAAGGUCUUAAUGAUAUUUUGUGCAUUCUUGAUGUUUUGUGGUAAACAAAAGAUAUCAUGGGCAGAACAAUAGCUCUACUCGAGUGUUUUAAAACUUCGUAAAUGUCUUAGCCGUCCUCUGAAAGACAACAACUUGAAAUUACCAAAAUUUGCGUGGUGUUAGAACCGAAACCCUGACGGCAAGUCAUUUAAGUUCCCAUUUGGAACUAAACGUUGCUCACGUGCGUGAAGCUGUGGUUGAGGUGUGGCGCUGUAAGAGAAGGUACACGCAUACAGCUAUUCGCAAAAAAUUCUAACCGUUAAUAUAGAUUCAUUUUUUAAUCAACGUCUUCCUCGGCGUUGAGGGCCUGACCGCCAAAGAUCUCUUCUUUUAAUGUGACAAACGUACAAAACGAAAUUACGAGGACAUCUAAAACAAUAUGUUCAACAACAAAGGAAAUGCCUAAAGCUGGUUUUUUUUUAUUACCUAGUUGGCAAGAGAUAAUUGAUUCUCUUGUGUUGUCAGCUAAUCCUUAAUGGACAAAACAUUGGCGCCGUUUUAGUCAACUCGGACUCUUUGGAUUAAAGACUCUAAAUUCUGAAAAUACCGGCCGGAUUCAAGAUCGGUCAUAUUCAGAUGUAUUCAGGUGGUUUAAUUAGUUCAGGUCACUAUGCAUUUAUGCUAAUCUAUGUUAAAUAAAGGAUUGUCAUUAGAACAGGUCGCUUUCCUUUGAACCCACCGAGGAUUGAUGUGGGUCAAAGUAAUAAAAUGGUUAGUUUUGGGCGCAACUAAACCAACAACGGAAUUAAAAUCUGACUUCAUGAUACUUAGAGUUAUUUGAUUUGAAAGUAUGGAGUUAAACAGAAAUCUUUACUAGAGGGAAAAUUUCCCUCUAACCAGGUGUAUACAAAACAAUGGCGAAACAAAUAAAUUACUUGCUGGAUUGAUGUUUUGUUCUAGAAAUGGUAUAGGGUUUUACGUAAAUCUUUCCAAGGGCUGCCACCCUUUUUAAUUGCCUUGAUAAUGAUCUUAUGCAAAUAGGUAGUGUUGAUUAGUCAUUAUUUAAUAUAUGCAUUUAUACUGCUGUGAAAACCGUAAGUUAGAUAACUCAUUGGGUUAAUUACGUCACCUUCGUUAACUAAAGAAUAUUGCGUUUUAUUGUAUUGUAUUAAAUAUGGGUUUUGGGUUUAAGCGUGGAGUAAAUGCAACUGUGGAAAACAUCUCAAAUGUUUGCAUGAAAAACCCUUAGGGAAGGCCUUAGUAGGCUGUUCCUUUAGAGUGGUGUAUGAAUGAGCCAUUAAAAGGCGCCUAUGUUUCACAAAGAGGAUGGUCACUUGUAAGAUACUUUGAUAGAUAAGAUAAGAUAAAAUAAGAUAAUUAAGUAAUAUUAAUAACUUACCUUUUCAUUGGCUCUCUAAAGGGUGG